UCUACUUAAAGUCCUGUGUGCCUGCAGCUGCACUGACAGCUAAGGUGGCAAACCUCCUCCUUCCCACAACCUGCUCUGGAAACUGUUCUACAGCCAAUUGGGGGAACCCAGCCCGAGAACACGCCUUGCUGAAUGCACCGCGAAUAGAGAUGAAACCGCUGUAAGGAACUUAGAGAAGCGUUCUGUAAAAUUGGGACACUUUGUUAGAAGAUGGAGAACCCACUUCUUUUGUUCCCUCAACUGAACAUUUCUGCUUCGAAGGAUAAAUCCUAUUACAAAGUCAUGAAAUCAACAGUUAAAGAAGAGCCAAAUAAAGCAAGCAAGCCCGGAGCAAAGCAGAAGAGAAACAGACUGAGCCUUCUCCUGCAGAAAUCGGAAUUACAUGAAGCUGAACAUCUUGGUAAACCGACAAACUUGACAAAAGCAUCAAGCAGAGUGUCUCCUGAAGAAGCAAUGAAAUGGGGCGAAUCUUUUGACAAACUGCUUUCCCAAAAAGAUGGAUUGGAUGCCUUCACAAGAUUUCUGAAAACGGAGUUCAGUGAGGAGAACAUUGAGUUCUGGAUAGCUUGUGAGGAUUACAAGAAGAGUAAAACUACAAACGAACUUUUCCCAAAAGCUAAGACCAUUUAUGAAACAUUCAUACGGAAAGAUGCUCCAAAAGAGGUGAAUUUGGACUUUAAAACCAAAGAAGUUACAAGUCAGAAUAUUGAGCAGCCCGUCAUCACCACCUUUGAUGCAGCACAAAACACAGUCUACAGGCUGAUGGAGCAAGACAGCUAUCCACGCUUCCUAAGAUCUGAUCUUUAUUUGAAUUUGGUUAAGGGGAGAAAUCCUGGUCGUCCCACUCUUAGGAGACGAUCACGGUCCUUCACUGUCAAUGAUUUCCAGGGUGUGCGACCAGACUUUACCAUCUGGCAAUAGGGAACUCAGCCCUCAUGAAUUCUAGCCACUGCAAGCAAAUUGUACAUGUGUUAUAAAUUACAAAUCCUUAGGUGGUGUAAAUAAGUGGCAAGCAAAGUUGCAUGCAUUCAUACCAGGUCAUAGUUUUGUUGCUAGUGAGUAAUCCCAUUUACUGUAGACAAUCAGGCUGAGGUGUCAUGUGAAGCUUUUGUACAGUAUUUUUUUGUAACUCAAGCAGGAGCUGUUAUCAUAUUAGAAAGAAGAAUCUGAGUUUCUGACAAAAAUGUUGUCUAAAACGCUAUUUGAUAACACCCAUCAUGUAUUCUGAGCCUGUAUCGUAAGACAGUUUUGUCACAGUUUGAAUCUGUAUAGCUAACCUUUGCACAUGAUUUUUUUUUUUUUUUGUAGUAUUUCCUACACUAAGCAUGGAAUAUUUGUAGUACUUACUCAUACUGCAGAACACAUGGGAACAUUAGUUAGGUGAAAUGUAAAAAUUAUAUGGAUUUUAACUACAGCUACUGCAUAAUUAAAAUUUAGCUAUUGCGUAUUUCAAGAGGAUGAUAAGAAUGCCUAUUUAAUUUUUAUAGGGAUAUAUUAUAUAGUCUUCUUGUACAUCUUUUCUUUAUAUUUAAACUAUGCUGUAUAAAAUAGCUUUGCUAUCAAAUUUUUGUAUUCUCUCUCUCUUUUUUUCUUUUUUCUUUCCAACUGAAUGAGCAGCAGUCAAGGGCCAAGAAUGCCCUUUUAACACAACAUGUGUCAUUCAACAUCUGGUCAUGUGGAUGCAUAUGUCUGUCUAGAAGGAAGCAUGCUUUUCCCCCAUGCUAAGCUAGGUAUGAGGCCAGUUAAACAACACAAUCGACUGUUGUUCUCAGUAUGCAGUUCUGUGUCCUAAAGCUGACUAUCCAAUACUGCACAUAAAUGCUCCCUUGUGUGCUCCCCUCCAUAAAUAGCAUCCUCUGAAAUCAUAGAAUGGCCUGGGUUGAAAAGGACCACAAUGAUCAUCUAGUUUCAACCCCCACACUUGUGUGCAGGGUUACCAGCCACUAGACCAGGCUGCCCAGAGUCACAUCAGCUCUCAAAUGCCAUACUUGAUAGUUCACUUGAGAGAUAACAGUGGGUCUGUUACAACACAGGCGUAAAACCUGUAUGUUUGCCACCAGAUUCUCAACUGGUGAUCAUGUUACUUCAUACCUCCACGGAAUCUAAUAUUUGCUCUUGCUGUGGACGAAAUAAAUGUAAAAGAAUGCAUUUACUACUGCUCCAAAGCCCAGAUAAAUGACAAAUACAGUGCUUUGAGUAAGACAUUUCCUUCUUAGCAAAAAACCCAAGCAGUUACUCAAAACUGUCUGCAGUGAUAAAUAGAAGUCAGCAGGCGCCUUUGUUUCCUUUCACAGGAACAUGGAAAAUGUUGCUUAUCGCCAGGGAGGCCUUCCUCACAACCAUCAUUCUGUAGUACUGACAGUGCUAGUCCCUUGCAUGAGUUUUGUAAUUACAACAAACAAAUAAGCUAUUCUUGGUAGCUACUCAUGCAUGUAUGUUUUUCAGAGAUAAUAAUGAACCAUGAUUUACAGCAGACUGAGGCCAUGGGAACUACUAUAAGAAGAAAGUAGAGAUAAAUUCAGAGAAAGGAAGACAAAGGGCACAAAGAUAAACCAAAAGGACAGAAUUAUCUGCUUUCUAGAGGAGAUUCCUUUUUGUGGCAGAAAAACAAGUGCUGGAAGAUGAACUAAACAGGUUUAGUACAAGUCCGUGACACUUCUCUGUGCUUCAGAGAGACAGGAUUGAUAAGAUUGAAGACUAGCUCUGCAGGGAUGUAUUUAUAGCAUGGACAGUGACAGAAAUCAUCGCUGGGCUUCUCUAGGUUUGGCAGAAUCAAUGCCACAGUUAAAUAAAUGCUCUUGUUUUGCUGGCUUGAUGUGAAUAAUACAUACGAAGCCUGCUGGGUAUAUAUUUUUAUUGGGAAUUACAUUAUGUAGCAGCUUUCUAGAUUUGUGUGCGUUGUUCAGUAUUCAGUAAGAGCUCUCAAAAUACCUCUUAACAACACUUUACCCUAAAUAAACACUUCACUCUGUUCCUUACAUAAGUAAAGUCUCCAGCUCCAAUGUAUGAGGGAAAAAAUCUACAGAAUUCUGUAGCACAGAUGUUUGUUGCCUUUUUAUUUUCUUUUACCUAGCUCUGAUUAGAUGCAUUGAAAUAACUGAAUUAUUAUCUGCUGUUGGUAGCUUGAGGGACAUCAAAAUACGCAUCUUCACAUCUUUUCUUUGGCUUUUGGGAUUUGAUAUUGUGCAAAUGACAACUUAAUUAAUAUCUGUUCUGACAAGAAACAAGAGGACUGAGUUCUAGCAUAAUGAAUCUCAAAGGAAAAGAAAGGUUUCCUUCUACCGCAACUGGAGGCAAUUGAUAAUGUGGCUCUUAGAAGCUGUGGUGUAUAGAGGCAAGUAAGUGACUCACAAAUGGCAGGUUAUUUUUUCUCUCCUUUCUUUUUGUCCCCAGCUGCUCAGCUGCCUUAAUUAACUUUGAAUACAGUUCCCUCUCCCUUCCAAAUUAUUUUCCAUGCAUAACGUUGAAAGACUCCAACUGAAAAAAAAAAAGAAAAAAAAAAAAGCAUAAAAUCAUCUUCUCUUCAGUGCUUUAUAUGCUCAUGCAUGAACACCUUGCUCAGAUACCUGUGUUAGACCCCCCUCUGUUUUUUUGCAUUACAGUCAAAAGUCUCAAUCAAAUGACCGUUUAGCUCCUGUGUGGCUGUAUGCCAAAGAUAUAAAUAUCAGUCCCCUAUCCAACAUCCAGCUUGCCUCCAUUUCUUCUUUUCUCCUGCUGUCUUGUUGCCAU